AUGGCCCCGCGCCACAGUCAAGAGCCCGUCAUCGUUGUCGGGGCCGGUCUUGCCGGGCUCGUCGCUGCAUUCGAGCUGACCCGCAAUCAUGUACCCGUUGUCAUUGUCGACCAGGAGAACGAGGGAAAUCUCGGUGGACAGGCCUUCUGGUCCCUCGGCGGCAUCUUCUGUGUCGACUCGACAGAACAACGGAGGAUGGGCAUCAAGGAUUCGCGCGACCUGGCAAUGCGGGACUGGUUCAACUCGGCCCGCUUCGACCGUGAUAAGGAUGACUUCUGGCCCCGCCAGUGGGCCGAGGCCUUUGUCCACUUCGCCACCGACCACAUGGAGAGCUACCUCAAAGCCAGGGGUAUGGGCUUCCUCCCAAACGUCGGGUGGGCUGAGAGGGGUGAUGGCACCGCUGGCGGCCAUGGCAACUCGGUCCCCCGCUUCCACCUGACCUGGGGCACGGGGCCCGAGGUCGUGAGGGUCUUUGCUGAGCCUGUCAAGGCCAAGGCCAAGGAAGGCUUCGUCGACUUCAGGUUCCGCCACAGGGUCGACGAGCUCAUCAUCGACGACGCCACCGGCAGGGCAGUCGGCGUCAGGGGCAGCAUCUUGGACCCAGAUGAUUCUCCUCGCGGGGUCAAGACAAACAGGAACGAGUCGGGCCCAUUCGAGCUCUACGGCUCUGCCGUCGUCCUCUCUUCCGGGGGUAUCGGAGGCAACGUCGACGCAGUCAAGGCCUCGUGGCCCAAGGACCGCCUUGGCCCAAAGGUCCCCGGAAACUUCGUGGUGGGAGUGCCUGCUCAUGUCGACGGUCGCAUCAUUGGUAUCGCCGAGACGGCCGGGGCCAACGUGGUCAACAGGGACAGGAUGUGGCACUACACAGAGGGCCUCGCCAACUGGGAUCCAAUCUGGCCAAGCCACGGCAUUCGCGUCCUGCCGGCACCCUCAUCUCUUUGGCUUGACGCUACCGGCAAACGGCUGCCACCCUUCCUGUUCCCGGGAACCGACACGCUGGCCACACUCAAGUAUAUCUGCAGCACCGGUUACGACUACACCUGGUUCAUCCUCACACAGUCCAUAAUCGCCAGGGAGUUUGCUCUGUCGGGUUCUGAGCAGAACCCGGACAUCACCGGCAAGUCUUGGUGGCAGCUUCUGACGCGAGUCUUUGGCAAGAAGGGCACAAUCCCCGUCCAGAACUUUCAAAAACAUGGUGUUGAUUUCGUCGUCAAGGACAACUUGGAAGAUCUCGUAGACGGCAUGAACAAGCUUGCUGACGAGCGGGAUGGGCCCCACCUUGACUACAGUCAGGUCAAGGACGUCGUCGAGACCCGCGACAGCCAAUUCCAUAACGCCUAUUCAAAGGAUGCACAGGCCAUGCUCAUUCACAACGCGAGGAACUACUGGCCCGACAGCAGAAGCCGUGUUGCGCCGCCGCAUCGGUUAUUGGAUCCCAAGCAUGGGCCACUAAUUGCGGUACGAAUGAACCUCCUCACACGCAAAACACUGGGGGGCUUGGAAACAAAUCUUGCAAGCAACGUGAUGAAGCCAAACGGUGAGCCCUUCCCGGGAUUAUACGCUGCCGGCGAAGCAGCCGGGUUCGGCGGUGGUGGAGUCCACGGCUAUAACUCCCUCGAGGGCACAUUCCUGGGCGGCUGUAUCUUCUCCGGCAGAGCUGCAGGUAUCGCUGUUGCCAAGGAGCUGAAGGGACAAGUGCUAAAUGCUAAAUUGUGA